AUGGGUGUUCGUGACGAGACAAUUGUGUAUUUUGAUGGCGUUUUAAAGAUCUUAGGUGUGUGGCAUGGCAUUCUUGGAGGUUUAUUGAUCGUAAUGGGAGUUGUAGUUAGACUUGCUGUGGAUCAUUGGACAAGUGUUAUGCUGUUGGCUCUGUGGAUCGGUGUUAUUGUAAGUCCAAUUCAUACCUCUUUCGGUCAAAACGAUUUAUAUCAGUUUUACAGCAUGCAUUUUGGCGCGUGUUCACUUUAUGGAAAAGAACAAAAAAGGAGAAAGGUUGGCCCAAUUAAUUUGUAGAUUUUGCUGACAAAUUUUGAUCAUCAUAAAGUGGUCACGCUUUAGGAUUUCGUGGGCAAAUAUAUAGUGCUAUUGAUUCCGUAUACGGAUAAAAACGUUUCUAGAAUUUGCUAAUUAUUAUAAGCAGUUUCAUAGUCUAAUUUUGAUCAUUUUAUUAUGGAUUACAUGUACACCCCUGAGACAAGUGUCCAUUUUUGGACGUAAAACUGAUCACAUGUAAAGUUCCUCAUCUGAAUUAUUUAGUAAACAGGAAAACGUCCCUGCUGCAUGAGAGAUCAAGAUACCCUAUUUUAAUUUCUACUUACUUCGAAGCAGUUUAGGGAAAGCAUAUCGAAAAAUUAAUGAGUGAGUGCAUAUUUCUGCGGGAGCCACUGAGCCAAACUCAUUAACGAGCGAACACUGAAACACAUAGUAGAGAGAUUUUAAGUCAGUUGUUCAGUUCACAUUCUGUGUGAGGAGGAGAUCGUUCAUUUGAUGUUUCAUGUAGUGUAACAGUUAAUGAUCAGUGAAAGUCAGAGAGAUACUGAUAGUAAAAUCUUUUGUUUUUUAGUUCACAUGCAGAUUAAAUUUGUUUUCUUUCCUUUAGAAGAACGCUAGUUACAUUCUGAACUUUGAAUAGUUUUAAGCCAUAAACUCGGCACUUCAAUGAACAUAAUAGAAUUGUUAACGAUUAUGGCCAUAAUCAUAACUGAUGCCAAUCAAACAUUCAAGAAGACUAAACUGGUUUACGUCCAUAGUGUUCACUGAUAGAUAAGGCGUGAUCAUCGUAAAUGCAUCAAAGCAGUUAUUAUAUAAUUCAGUUUGUACUUAUGGUAACUGACAAUCUUAUACAAACCUGCAGCUGCUAUAAAGAUUUAGAUCUGCAAUAGUUACUGCUGACGGUUGCGUCUGUAUUCUUAUAAGUACACUGUCUGCAGAAAGAUCAGCUCUAGACAGCUUACUGAUUUAGACCCCCUCGGGUAAAUUAAGGCAUGGGCCUCAAUUUGCCUUAAUUUGUGCGUGGGAUCUUACAAUUUUGAUCUAAAAGAAAGGACGAGGAGAUCGCCGCAGUUAUUCAGUGAGAGUUACCUCUACCUUUUCUUUUCCAGAUUAAUUACAUUAAUCUUAAGGUAUUUGUCAUAGGUUGCAGCUACUGGUGCGAUUGGAGUCCUCGACGCAAAUAUGGAGAAAGCAGAUAACACCAAAAAAUAUUACGUGAGUUGCGUAACCUUAAUUCCCUCACUCUUUACUAUAUCUCUUCCAUAGGCGUACGGGAAAUUUUUUGCCAGGGGGGGCGGUAAACCAUUUGCCCAAAAACAUCUCGCAAGUUGCCCAAAUUUUUACGAAAGAGUCGAAAAGAAACGAGGGCCAUAUUGCAACAACAUAGGCCGUCCUGGCAUAUGAAGGUGGCUCGAUACAGUUUUCAGGGUCAAUACCAAGUCUGAGCAUAAACUACGUCGCCAUAAACAAACAUUUGGAAAAAUUGCGACCACAGUUGUAUUAAGAUGAAAAUUUGUCAUCACCAGGGUUGCAAUGACAUCGGAGUAGUCAUAGCAACGAAAUGACUCCAUCACCUAUUUUACUUCAGCAAUGAUUCUUGGGACGGGAAGCUUACAAAAUCGUUCACAGGAGCUUUUUUCUCCAAUACGGUCGCCUCGAUGCUCGUGAAGUAUAAGCAAAACCUUAAGAGCGUUAUCGAGAUAUUUUGCAAUGAAGUUUUUAUUAUUAGAAAUACGGUAAGAAAAGGAAAAUCUUGAUUUUUGGCCGCUAUCUGUAGAAAACGAAGCGCUUUUGACCUGCAAUAUCACCUCAUAGUAGUUUUAAUCUUUUUAAAAACAUGUGAGAAAGAUCGUGGAGAUAGCUCUGCUUGAUUGCUAGAAUCGAAAGAAGGAUUUGAUUAGUAUGUAUCGAGACACUCUUGUUAGCGGUUUUGUAAACAUUUCGGUCUACUUUAACAAAUUAGCGAAUAAUUUUAAACCGCUCGAUAGAUUUUUUAAACGAAUUAAGAUUCUUCUCGUAAUUCAAACUGAGAAUUAGUCAGCCACUUCUUCAUUUAUACCCAUUGUAGCCUGCGUAGCAAGCGUUUCCAGUCGAACUCGCGCGGAAACGCUUGCUAUGCAGGCAAUAAAUGCUAUCUGCCAUACACUGUUCGUCGAGUGGAGAUGAUUCUAGAAAGUUAUGCGAAAGUUUAUUUUAAUCAAUUCUCGACUGGAAAUAGCCCAUUCCAAAUAGUGCAGUACAGUAUAGUGCCCAACCAAAAAAAAACUGCAAAUAUGUAAAUUACUCCUCACAUACUAAGCAACCACUGUAAGGUAAUUUAUUACGCCGACUUCAGGUUAAUAUUCAGGUCUUUAAAAUAAUUAAAUAAAAUGGAGACGUCUUUAAAAACUGGCUUUGCCCAAAUUUUCACUCGCUACCGAAAAAAUCUGAGUUGCCCAAAAUUUGGGGGGGCUGCAGCUCCCCUCGCCCUCCCGACCCGUACGCCUAUGAUCUCCUCAACUUGCGUACAAGUUUUUAAGUUAUCAACUCAGUUGCAACUAUUAUAGAUAAAACCAUAUUUUUGUUUCUUCUCAGCGAAAUAGCGAUUAUUUAUGAUUUUUCUUCCCAUUCAUGCAAUCUGUUAUUCCUUUUGCCAAUCUUAGCUUUAGUGCAAAAAGGAUUUUAAUACUUCUUGAACUUUAAGAAUUGUUUUGGUUUUGGUUUUUCAUGAUCAAAAACCAAAACCAAAACAAAACAAGUAAAUGAAGCAAGAAACAAACUUUAAGGUUUUUUUAACUACGUAUUUUGCUUUUAGUUGACAGACUUUUUGCUGUUUUCCUUGAUAUGCCUCCUCUUGUCAAUACUGCUAAUUGUUUGCUACAGUAUGGCGGUUCACACGGCUUGCACUGGGGAGGAAACUGGAACAUUCAGCUGGUAUUCGUACGAGAACUACCACGAUCAGAACAUGACCAGAGCCAAAGCCUUCAGCGUUAUUAUACUCGUGUUGAGUGGCGUGGAAUUUCUGUUGUGUAUUGGCUCCUUAGGAUACGGAGCAUAUGCUCACAAGCGAGAUGAGAAUAAGGUAAGG